CACGCAGGCGUGGACGUCAUCGCGGCCGUUACGGCGUCCGGCCAUCUCGGCGCGCAAUUUAAAACCAACUCCGGCGACGCGGAGGGCAGGAUGGGACCGCCCGGUCCAGAGACCCGUGGACAUCCCCCUGGUGCCUCCUCACCUGCAGAAAGGGUAUUCUCGAUGGCCCUGCCCAGGAAGGCCCCUCUCAGUACUCCUGGCACGCCGGUUCUUGAAGACUUUCCUCAGAAUGAUGAUGAAAAGGAGCGGCUGCAACGCAGGCGCUCCAGGGUCUUUGACUUGCAGUUCAACACAGACUCACCUCAUUUGCUAGCCUCCCCCUCCAGCAGGAAUGUUGACGUUUCAUCUACAACUCCUAAGUUUACAAACACACAGAUCACAGAACAUUACUCCACCUGUAUCAAACUGUCCACUGAAAAUAAAAUCACUACCAAGAAUGCUUUUGGCUUACACUUGAUUGAUUUUAUGUUAGAGAUUCUUAAACAGAAAGACACCGAACCGACCAACUUUAAAGUGGCUGCGGGCACUCUGGAUGCUAGCACCAAGAUCUAUGCGGUGCGCGUUGAUGCCGUCCACGCUGAUGUUUACAGAGUCUUGGGGGGACUGGGCAAAGAUGCGCCAUCUCCAGAAGAAGGAGAGAGCCAUGGUGAAGAUAGAAAUGCUACUGAAAUGGGAACAACCAGAAAGGUUCCAAAGCCUAAGAAGAAGCAGUCAUACAAAACCAUUGAGCAGAAUAUAAAUAACCUCAAUGUCUCUGAAGCAGAUCGAAAGUGUGAGAUUGAUCCCAUGUUUCAGAAGACUGCAGCCGCAUUUGAUGAGUGUAGCACUGCAGGAGUAUUUCUCUCUACCCUCCAUUGCAGUGACUACAGGAGUGAGCUGCUUUUUCCUUCUGAUGUCCAGAUACUCUCCACUGGAGAAUCUCUUGAGUUGCCAGAUUUAGGUUGGGUAGAAAUGACAGAUUUAAAAGCACCCUUGCAGCAGUGUGUGGAAGAUCGCCAGAUCUGCCCUUCCCUGGCUGGGUUCCAGUUCACUAAAUGGGACAGUGAAACACAUAAUGAGUCUGUAUCGGCCUUGGUGGACAAGUUUAAGAAGAAUGAUCAGGUGUUUGACAUCAAUGCAGAGGUAGAGGAGAAUGACUGCGGGGACUUCCCAAAUGGGCCCCUGGAGGACGACUUCGAUGCCAACGAUGAUGCCAGCGAUGAGCCCAAUCACACUGUAGCUGGAGAUCAGACAGAGAUUGGGAGCUGGGAGCAGUCCCGCCACGUUGAAAGUUACCAAGAAGAAAUGAUUCCCCUUGGAGAUGGAGAUAUCAGGACCAUGUGCCCCCUUCUAUCCAUGAAACCUGGAGAAUAUUCCUACUUUAGUCCCCGUACCAUGUCGAUGUGGGCUGGCCCUGAUCACUGGCGCUUUAGACCCCGACACAAACAAGUCGCUGCCUCACAAUCAGAGAACAGAAAGAAAAGCACAAAGAAAGAUUUUGAAAUUGACUUUGAUGAUGAUAUUGACUUUGAUGUAUACUUUCGAAAAACAAAGGCUGCCACUAUUCUGACCAAGUCUACUCUGGAGAACCAGAAUUGGCGAGCCACUACUCUUCCCACGGAUUUCCACUAUGAGACUGAUAAUCUUGUCCAGCUGCAUCUCAAACCAGGCACCAGGUUACGUGGGAUGUCCCAAGGCCAGGGGGCAAGCACUGAGCAUUAUGAAGAAAUUGAAGACUAUGAUUACAACAACCCUAACGAUACCUCUAACUUUUGCCCUGGACUGCAGGCUGCUGACAGUGAUUAUGAAGAAUCGGAUGACUUAUUCGUGGGACCAGUUGGGAACUUUGACCUUACAUCUAAUUCUUGCCAUCCAUCUAAGACAACACAAGAGGAUGAUGAUACACCAGGAGUCCAGGGAUUAGACAUCACCACUUACGGGGAGUCAAAUCUGGUAACUGAACCUCAAAAGGUAAAUAAAAUUGAAAUUCAUUAUGCUAAGACUGCCAAAAAGAUGGACAUGAAGAAGUUGAAGCAGAACAUGUGGAGUUUGCUGACAGAAUUUUCCAAGCAAACAGACACAGAGGCAAAUCACCGAAAAGAAGGGGCCCCAGAAGAGGUGGCUGAUGAGAAGAUGUUCAGCGGGCUCACGAAGGACCUGCGGAAGAGCCUGCCUCCCCUCAUGGCUGAAAACCUUUCUAUUCCUCUGGCCUUCGCCUGUCUCCUACACUUAGCCAAUGAAAAGAAUCUCAAGCUGGAAGGAACUGAGGAUCUUUCUGAUGUCCUUGUGAGGCAAGGGGAUUAAAUUCCCUGAGGUGGGCAGCUGGGAUCUCAUCACUUCAUUGGUGACCAACAUGUUUCCACCCUGGGUGCUUUGAUGCAGUCCCUCACAGCUGGGAAGCAGCACCAUGAAAUGCUGUUCUUGAUUCAAGUGUUUGGCCUGUGGUGACCAUCUAGAAAUGGAGGUCAGGGAGAGGGGCUGUUCUUGAUAUGAAAACCAAUAGCCUUUCUUUGUGUUCAUGUAUAGUUUGGCCUCCUAAGUUGAUCUGUGUUAUUUUCCAUAUUUGACUCUUGUAGAAAACCAUUUCCUAGUAGACAUUUUGUCCUUAAGCAGCUACCAAAUCUAUGUACAUACGUAUAUGUGCGUUUAUAAAUGUAUAUAUAAUGCUUAAAAAUAAAAUCAUUCUGAAUAAUCUGCUGGCAAAAUA